UUGGGCAUGCUUGGAUUGCGCUGUAAUGUUUUCUAUUGUGAUUGGCACGACAUCACUCCAGAUCGAGGUGUGAGAACAGAUGCAUUUGGUGUUACAUCAGUUAAUUCGAGACGAAAGCUGCAAUAUUAUGAUCCUUUCAUUCUUGCUUCUCAGGCCGAUCAGGUUUGUUAUAUCAAGUACCCCCGGAUAAGGAACAGAGAUGAUCCAUGGGUUACUGUUACCAGACUCAACCCGAGAGGCCGAGUUCAGGGGAGUUCUGAGCUGGAAGACCCACUACAACCAAUCACAUCCAGUAACUUAAGUGCAGCAGAAGAUGUAGCAGGAGUUGGCCUUGUAGUAGAUUUCACCGACUUCGCAGAGGAAGCCGUCGUUCACGCACAGGAUGAACCAGUUAUUGGAGAGUUUCACCAAGAUCCAGAUUCAGAUUCAUCUGGCGAUGAUGACUCGGAAUCAGAGUAGAUUUUU